GAAGUAACACUCUCUCUCGCCACUCGCUCGCCCUCUCUCCCUGCAGCUGCUCGCCUCACUCACUGUCCGACCCCCCUCUCUGUCAACCAACAAUCCCUCCCGACUCUCCUCGCCCCGAGCGCUCAUCCACUCGGCCGCUUCUCCUCGCCGCUGUCCAGGGACCAGUCUAUCCACCCCACCCCACCCCUCUCUGUGCUCGCAAACCCGGCCUGCUCACCACCACCCCCCCUGCCUCGAGAGGUAAAACCCCGUUGGGACGACGAGAAAGAAUGGCACCCGCCAAGGAGAAGAGGCGAUCGUGGAGCUCGCGGCUGCGCGCGUUCGUGCGCGGCAACCUGCUCGUGCUGCUCACGGUCGCCGGCGUGCUGCUGGGCAUUGGCAUCGGCAUGGCGGUGCGCAACGCCGACCUGAGCCUCGCCUCCAAGACGUACUUCUCCUUUCCCGGUGAGCUGCUCAUCCGCAUGCUCAAGAUGAUCAUCAUCCCGCUCGUGGUCUGCAGCCUCGUGUCCGGAGCCGCUAGCCUCGACCCGCGCUCGCUCGGACGCCUCGGUGGGUUGGCCAUCCUCUUCUUCCUCGUCACCACUCUCAUCGCCUCCUCCGUGGGGGUCGCCUUCGCCUUCAUGCUCAAGCCCGGCGCGGGCGGCGUGAAGCCCGUGGUGUACACGGGCGCGGUCGUCCUGCCGCAGUCGAAGGAGGCAGUGGACUCCUUCCUGGACCUCGCCAGAAACAUAUUUCCUGCAAAUCUGGUCUCUGCAGCAUUCCAGUCGUACGCAACAAAAUACGAGACGGUGUUCAUUAAGAUUAAUUUGACCACCGAUAAUGGAACGAUGGAAAUAAUCAAACAAGAAAAGGUGCCCGUGGGUUCUGAUGCUGAUGGAAUGAACAUCUUGGGUCUCGUGAUGUUCGCUAUUUGCUUUGGAAUCGCUCUGCGCAAAUUGGGCCCUGAGGGAGAAGCUCUGAUCGUGUUCUUUAACAGCUUCAACGAGGCCACGAUGGUACUGGUGUCCUGGAUCAUGUGGUAUGCGCCCCUAGGUAUCAUGUUUCUGGUGGCCAGCAAGAUUGUGGAGAUGGACGAUUUGGUGCAGCUCAUCACCAGCCUGGGGAAGUACAUCCUGUGCUGCAUUCUGGGACAUGCCAUGCAUGGCGGCAUCAUCCUACCUCUCAUCUACUUUGUGUGCACGAGGCAGAACCCGUACCGCUUCCUCCUGGGCAUCAUCACCCCCCUCACAACGGCAUUCGGCACUGCGUCCAGCUCGGCAACGUUGCCGCUGAUGAUCAAAUGCAUCGAGGAGAACAAUGGCGUGGACAAGAAGAUCAGCCGCUUCAUCCUCCCGAUUGGCGCCACGGUGAACAUGGACGGAGCAGCCCUCUUCCAGUGCGUGGCGGCCGUCUUCAUCGCGUACAUGAACAACGUGACGCUGGACGCCGGACAGAUCUUCACCAUCCUCGUUACAGCAACGGCGUCGAGUGUGGGAGCUGCUGGGAUUCCGGCAGGUGGCGUACUUACACUGGCCAUCAUUUUGGAAGCAGUGAGCCUGCCCACCAACGACAUUUCCCUCAUCCUGGCAGUCGACUGGCUCGUGGACCGGACGUGCACCGUGAUUAACGUGGAGGGCGACGCGAUCGGGGCGGGGAUCCUGCACGUGCUGAGCCAACGCGACCAGAAGAAACGUGGCAGAGAAGAGGAGCUGCAGGAGGUGAAGUGCGAGCCAGUGCCCAAUGGGAAGACGUGGCACGAAGACCGGCCACUCAUGCCAGGCAAUGGCGAUAUCGUGGAGCCCAGCCGUGAGUCCGUGCUCUAGCUGGUGCCAUGCCGCCCUCUCGCCGAUUCACAACGACGACAAAGAUGCCAACGACACCUCGACAGCGUCACCGGUUGUUGCUUAAGUCACCUCCUUCGUAGACCAGAAAUUAAAUUGGCGAAUUAGGAGUGGGAAUUCACUGAGAUCGUAAAUGUUACCAGUUGAGUGCAGAGCUAAUGCACACCCGAAUAAAAUUUCAAUUUUAAUCAAGGCAAUGGAAUUAAAAAUUUAAAAUACCUUGGCCUGUAGGUUUUUGCAGCAAAUGAUUUGAUAUGGUGCAAUUGUAAGAAUUGUUUCCACUGGCGAACUGAAACGUGAAGAAUUGGCUUAUUGUUAAACACGUAAACGCUUUAUAUAAUUUAAUUCGUUUGGCUAUGUCGGGUGGUGGAGGCUCUAGCAGCAGAAAUUUGGCCAGAUGUUUGUGGCCAAACCCAAACAUAACGAGUAAUAUGACCUUGUUAUAUUUUGCACAUCCACAAUGCAGAUGAGCAUAACAAAAUAUUCCCUUUUUAUUUAUUUUAUUUAUUGUAAGCAUUUUCCACCACCAGAAGAAAACCGCUGGAGUGGGCUUAGGUCAGUGUAUCAACAUACAGCUACUUCCUACUUGAUACAAAGAGCAAAAAUAGAACAAGGUGUUUUUUAUGUUUUGGCGUUUCGGGAGUUUUCAUUUUGGUGUGUACAAAAUACACGCAGGUUUACAUCUUUAGAAUAAUUGUAUAUCUUGAAAUUGUUACAAUGUUCUUAUGUUGGAAACAUAGACAGCCUUAAAAUAGGAUGUGUUCAAGGUUUCAAAAAAGUCAUAGAUAUUUUAAAGAUAACACAUGAAUUAUUCCAUAAAUCCUAAAUUACUGGAUACAAUAUCUACGAUAUAACAAUAAUCAUAACAACAAUAAUUCCCAGGCCACAGAGAAAAGCAAUGCUCACGUUCCUUUGCUUCGUUUGGUAUUUGUACUGAGAAGCAAGUGUCGGCCGUUUGAUUUGGAGGUCAGCCCUCUGUGCUGAUCAGGUAUUUUUCUGAGCAGUUUAUUCCUAUUCCUACCAAUAGGCACGCGGGUCCCAGUGAGCAUUUGCACAGCGCCCUGCUGCUUGUUCAUCGUGGUGUAGAGAGCACACGCGAAAGCAGGCGAUUGCUGCAAUGCCAGCGUGCUGUUGGUGCAGAGUGUAUACGGAUAUCAAUCUGUAAAUGUAUUUGAACAAAGGACCAUGAAUACAAAACUGGCACGUUUGACUGGUAAACAUAAAUUAUUUAAUAUUUGAAAAUACUUGAAUACAGUUUAACAGUUUAUAUUGUGUGGUUCUAACACAAGCGCCAGCCGAUGCUUCUUGAGGGCCUUUUCAUAUCGCCCUCCCUUUCUAUCAUUAGGCCCUCUCCUCUCUUAUCUACCCCCCCCCCUCGAUUUCUAUAGCCACACCUUUUUCGGUGGAACAGUUGCCACAAAGACUAUCAUUUUAUUUUGUACAUAGACCGUGGGACCAUUUACUUUAUUCGAUCAGUGCUUAGAACAGGGACUUGUUCUGAAAAUGAAAUCGAGCAGCUGGCUUUGUUUUUGCUAGUGCACAAUAGCUUUUUGUCGUUGCGAGUGCACAAUAGUUAUUUUUGAAAAAUGUAAAGUAAAACCAACUCGAACUGUGCAGUUAAAAAAUGUAUUGUUACGAAUAAAGAGCAAGUGACAAUU